CUAGAACCACAGGGUGGCAGUAAUUAAACCUGAUGGAUAUGAACUGCUAUUGAAUCCAAAGAGAAAGAAGCAGCAGGAAGUGUGUAGUGGUGUAGUAAACAUGGCUGACAGUGCGGUGACAGGUGGAACUGAAAGGAAAGAUGACAUUUCACGAGCAAAGACUGAAGGCAAAGAGCUGACCAAAGAGGAGAAGCAAAGGCUGAGGAAAGAGAAGAAACAACAAAAGAAAAACAAAGAGAAGAAAGAUGACAAGGAGAGUGAAAAGGAAAAAGACACGUCUAACACACCGAUGACAGUGUCCCAACCUCCAGCACCAGUCACAGCACAGAAAGCUUCCACAGCAGUGCCUGCUCCAACACCGUCUCCCCUGUCUGCGUCAGAUGCUCCUGUAUCUGGGGACAAGCCUGCCCGGAGUAAAGCAGAGCUGAAAGCUGAGAGGCGAGCACGACAGGAGGCUGACAGGGUGUCCAAACAGAUCAAAAAGGGAGAAGUGAGUCAGCCUGUACCCACGGGUAAACCCAAAAUUCAACCCAGUGAACUUCAGCCAGUGGUGAAGAGACUCCCAGAACAUAUUCAAGUAGAUGAUCCAGAUGUCUUAAAGAAACUGGCCAAGAAGUUGGAGAGACAACAGACACCAACUGCUUUUGUCAAGAUUCCCCUUCGGUCAGACUACGGCUACAAAGUCAGUCUGUUUUCUCACCUUCACCAGUACAGCCGUAAAGCUCCUUUAACACAACAACUUAGCAUUCCCUCCUCAGUGAUUCAUCCUGCUAUUGUACGACUGGGCCUCCAGUAUUCACAGGGUAUUGUGGCUGGGUCCAACUCUCGCUCUGUGGCCCUGCUACAUGCUUUCAAACAGGUAAUAAGGGACUACACUACUCCUCCAAAUGAGGAGAUAUCAAGAGACUUGGUCAACAAGUUGAAGCCUUAUAUCAGUUUUCUAAAUCAGUGUCGCCCUCUGUCAGCCAGCAUGGGUAAUGCAAUUAAAUACAUCAAAAAGGAGAUCUCCAAUAUUCCUAGUCAGUGCAAAGAAGAGGAGGCAAAAAGCAAAUUGCUUAGCUGCAUCGACUGCUACAUUAAUGAGAAGAUCAUUCUCGCUGCUAAGGCUAUUGCCAAGUAUUCCAUAGAGAAAAUCAGCAAUGGGGACGUGAUCUUGGUCUAUGGAUGCUCAUCACUGGUCAACCACAUCCUUUGUGAGGCCUUCAAGAAGGACAUCAAGUUUCAUGUAAUCGUGGUGGAUAGCAGACCACGGCUGGAGGGCAGGGAAGCCCUGAGACGCUUGGUCCAGCGGGGCAUCAGGUGCACUUAUGUCCUCAUCUCUGCCGUCUCUUACAUCUUGCCAGAGGUGUCGAAAGUGUUCCUGGGGGCUCACGCUCUGCUGGCCAAUGGAUAUGUGAUGUCUCGUGUGGGGACGUCACAGAUCGCUCUUGUGGCCAAAGCCUUUAACGUGCCUGUGCUGGUGUGUUGUGAAACGUACAAGUUCUGUGAGAGGGUGCAAACAGACUCUUUCGUGUCCAAUGAACUCGAUGACCCAGAUGACCUUAUCGUGACCCGGAAAGGAAAGACUCAGCUGGAGGACUGGCAGCAGGUGAAAUCUCUGGGCUUGCUCAACCUGGUGUACGAUGUGACGCCUCCCGACUUUGUGGACUUGGUCAUCACAGAGCUGGGAAUGAUCCCGUGCACCUCAGUUCCUGUGGUGCUGCGAGUCAAAAACGUGGACCUGUGAUUGGCGCCCUCUGAGACAGAAGGCUGUGGCGUUGGUGUGCAUAAACCAUUGUACACAAAAAUACCAUGCUUUUAGCAUGCAAUAAAUGUAUAUUUCAAGUGGCUGA